GCUCUCAAUGGAACUUAUUUUCGUGCGUCUUGCGAUCAGCUUUACAUGUUUGCUUAAGAUUUCGGAGCACUUGCCAGAUAUCAAAGAUUCGAGGAAACUGCCUUUUCAAGUUAUUCCCGCCGAGUUUCGUACUCGGGACACCUCAAAGUAUGACGAUUCAAGAUUAUCUGUAUUUGGCUCAUAUUCCUCCUAUCUUUAUGCGACGCACGGUUGUGCAAACGUAAAGUGGUCCGUAUAAUACCAGUCGGAAAGCACGAACUAGUGCCUAUCGAAGCAGGCCAGGCUGGGUACCCUGGGGCUCUGGGAAGCGUGGAAGUGGACGGGACUGAGGAGUCUGCGUCGAAUAAAAAUUGGCUUAAUUACGGGGCGCAAUUAAAAGAUGAUAAUAGGACCGCGAGGAGAUAGUGACAGUGGGUCGCUCGCGAAGCUUGGGCGCGUAAACAAGGAUAUCGUCCGUAAGGGGUGGCACGCAAGCGCAGUGAGAACCCCGCCCUAUCGUGGGGUAACCUCCAAGAAUGCGAGCCAGUAGUGACAGUCGCGUUUUAGCUCGCGGACCGCGAGACGAUAUGGUGCGAAACUGGACGCGAUCUUAGCCAGACUCGGGAACUGCAUGUCCCGCACGCGACACUUUUGAGCCAGAUUUCCACGGAAAUUUUGGCCUACUCCAGCGGCGAUAACUCCUCGGCGUGAAGUCACGUGCACGUGUUUUAGUCUUAAUGCCUCUAUAGAAUAUUACAAUUGAAUAGACGAAUGGCCUAAGGAUUAGAAAUUUGGAAAAAAUACGACCUAAGGUACCCUGGAACGCCCGAGUCCUGCCGCUCCGGCAGGUGGUCGAAAAGAGGAGAUUUAACAGUUAAUACCGCUCGGUGACUUUUUGAUAUGGCAAGAGGCCGGUAUUCCUGCCUGAGAGACCUCGGAAAACGAUUGUAAUCAUUUUAUAUUAAUUGUUAAUUGUUACUUUAGCGGGUAGACGGGUAACAGGUUGACGUGAAUGGGCGAGGAUACUUGAGCGGUGGGAAAGGAAAAUGGAAUUCGAGGAUAGUGAGAGUAUCUCCUGUGAGCGGAGCUCGUUUCGUCGGGGAGAAUUGUAUUUGCUUAACCAAAGAGGUGUCCUGCGUCGAGGCAGUGGGAAAUGAGCGAUGAUCUACGUCAAUUUAGAGGAUUGAUAUGUUGAUUGGAUUCGAUACGGUUGUUUGUUGGAUGCUACUGACAUCGGAUACUGGGACGCAUGAUCAGCGGGACGGAUGUUGAUUUUCUAAACGGACUACGAUGACAAGGAAACUGCGGCUAAUGAAUGGCCUAUCUAAAACGCAGGCCUAAUAAUAAAUAAGAAAUACGUGUCGAUAUAUCGUGGAAAGGACAUCGACGAUUUGAAGACUACGACGAAGCAGGAUUAUCGAAAGGCGUCCGAAAAUCGAAAUAAGCCUCUAGGAUGUAAAGAGUGUGGAGAAAAUCUUACCGACAGCGAAUCCAGGGGGAGAAUAAUUAAAACGAAGUUAAACGGUAAAUAAUUCAGGCGAAAGUUGCUGGGCAUGUUACGAAUAAUUGACCCCUCACGGAUUCUUCGACACUUCCCUGUCGAUGACAAUAAGUGGUAACUAUCGAUUGGAAAGCCAUCGAUUUCUGGCCUAGCCUGUCACAUGACAGAUCGCACUCGAAGCUUCAGGGUGUAGGAGAAGUUCUCCUACAAGUCCCUUCCCCAGUCGUAAAGCUCCGAAGUUACGACUUCUGGUAUUAAACCACCGGACGAACAUCAUUCCCGUUGAUGUCUUUGGACGAGGAAAGGAAACACGGGACAUAGUCGAGUAAAGUAUCAAGGAAGUUUGCUCUUGAUGAGCGAACCUUAAUAAAGGGAAGAGGGAUCCUCUAUCUCGUGAAAAGUUAGGACGCAGCCUCCGGGAAAAAUUACCGGUAUACAUCUUCAAGUUUUUUAUGAGACGUGCACGGGCGACGAUAACGCUCGGUCGACUGCCGAAGAGUCAUCGAUUUUUUUCCCGAUCCGUUUAAACACGCGCUACGAGCACUUCCUUUCGACGUGUGGAAGAAUUCAUGGAAAAUGAUCCCUUAUUAAAGAAAUAAAAUCACCUUUAACUCGUUUCAAAGCCAGAAGAAGUUGGUUCUGCUUCGCUCGGCGAAGAUCGUUUCCAUCGAGGUUUUCAAGCGACAAAAAAUAAGGGAAGCUCAUCUCCGAGGAAACGUUUGAAGGUGUACUUUCCACGAACAAUUGUCAGGAGGAAGAGACACGACUCAUCCCGAUGUUCGCCAGUUGUUGAACAAACACGGUAUCCGCGCAGUUCGGUAGGGGAUAUCGAUCAAGUGGAUUUUCCUACAGCGAUUCCGCCCGGGAGUAGACGAUUUCCACCCGGGGGAGAAAAUUACCUCGCGGGAAAAUCGGGAUCAUCGAGAGGCAGGGCUCUUGAAAUCGGUUUUCCCGGAAGUUCCCGCGGGAAACACUUCCGGACUCUUAAUGGGCGCGGGUCGGAGCAUAAAUCCACGUCAGUUCGAACAAGUUCGUCCGAAGAUGGUCCGCAUACUUAUUACCGGCAGAGUUUAGUAAGAAGUAUCGACUACUAAUCUCGAUGAGUGGUUGGAAGAAGAAGGAAGCUUCCUCGGGCGCGACUCUGUCCUCAAGAAAUUCCAAGUUUCCGGGAGGCUGGGUUCCGGAGACCAUUUGGACCCGCUGAAGACGCUUCCUACGUCGACGAGUAAAAAAACGCUAUCCCGCGCUCCCGAUGAGCUCCGAAGAAAAAGAGAGGUCCUCGGUUCCGGAUAAAGUUAGUUAAUUUGUAAGAAAUUCGGGACCUCGGCGAGAAGUCCCGAAGAUGUUAGGGGAUGCUCGAUCGACUGCUCUCGACCUAGUGAACUUCCAUCCGGGAGCCGCCAUCCACGUACACCUAUGCUCUCCAUGAGCGAUUCUAAUGAGGAAGAAGCGUCCUCCGGGUCUUGUAAACGUCACUUCUUAAUACAUUCGGGACCCCCAGGAAGCGGGGUCCCGAGCGAACGUGCCGAGGCCUUCUAGGGGAUGCGCGGAAGCAGCUCCGAGCUCUUGCUGGACGCAAGUCAGAGCGUUAGUAACCAAAAAUACGACAUUCAGGAGCAGGAGCUGCGACGUCGCAAACUGUUGGAGCUCGGGUUCGGUGCGUCGCGGCGCCGACCGCCACGGCGUACUUGCCGUCAGCGGUUGAACUUCUACGCGACUUCCGCCCUGGUCCUGGUGGCCACUUCCGGUGGCGCGCUCCUGCUCUUCCUGAUGCCACUGUACGUGGACCCCGCCUUCAGCACCCUGACGGCCGAUUUCGCCCCGGACCCCGUGCUCUGCACGACGACCAGGCGAGAGGAUCUCGCAGGGCUUUUCAACUGCACCUGGAGCUCCUGCAGGGAAGGGUGCACCAGCGACGUGUACCGCUGUACCCACAUAUACGUUACCUACACCCCUGGGAGCAAUUACUCCCUGCAGAACGACUCGCAAACCGAGCCUCCGGAAACCGCAAGGACCACCACCUUGCCCAGCACCGUUUCGGCACCCCCCGGCGACGUCGAGGCGGUUCUUCUGGUUAACAUCAAGGGCUGCGGAUACCCCCCGGUCGUCGACUGCGAGAACUUCACUAGGGAACUGGGUUACAAAGGUGCCAAGUUCCCCUGCUACUACAGUCGCGUUAAUGGGAGUAUAGUGAUGGCGGACUAUAAUCGCGAGGCGCAGGUCGCCACGCUGAUACACUUCUUCGCUGCACCUUUCGUUGUCACGCUGGCGACCAGCGUCGCAUUGUGUGUGCUGCACUGUGACUGCAGGUGCUCCUCACCACCCAGGUACAGCUCCAGGGGCAGCAGAAGAGCGAGGAUGAACGAUCUCAGGAAUCCAGGGAAUCCAGGUGCAAGUCGAACGGCGACUAGUCUAAGAGUCGAUUUUCUGUUCACCUCAGGUAUCGAAAAUGCUAGGGGAAUUAUGCAAGCUUUUCGAAAGUGCUUUUAUCAUAAACGAGAGCGAUCACUCGAUAAGCAACCGGGUCGACCGGAGAGGACACGGUGCACACUGCGAAUGCAGCGAUGGCACGAGGCCCUUAUGACGUCGGGAGGAGACGGCGGAGAGUGCCUUGGCCACUUCUUAAUCCGACCUUUAGGCUUUAGUGCCCUCCCGCCGUUCCCGUUCCGUUCCUGUUCGUUUCUAGUUCCGCUUCUAGGUUCCUCCACCCUCGGCUCGGCAUCCAGCCCGUCCUUCCACCCCUGGACCCACUCCUAGACCCCAACCUCUCCAGCCCUCGUUCAUCUCCCGCGACCCUCUCGUCGUCUCCGAGCCCCAAAGUCGAGGUCGACCUCGUCCUCCACCCGCUCAUCUCGAAUCGCAAGGACCUCUUAUUCCCUUUCCUCUCCGCAGAUAUAUGGGCCAAGUAAUAUGUAUUACCAUUCUCGUGCGACACUACUGUCCACGAUGUUCCUCUCGCUAUCCCGACCUGGGUUCCAUCUCUCACCCCAAGACUGUUCUAUUCCACAAUCUCACUUGAUUUGCAACCUGACUCUAUUAUUAACGAACUUCGUUACCCUGCAUUCAUUGCAAUUUUUUUCUUUUUAAUUUUUCCGCAAUUUAUAAGAAUCUCGACGUGAUUCCUCUGAAAUGUGAUUUUUCGUCCUUUCAUGACUUUUUUUCUGUGGAUUUUUCUUUCGCCUAAUUUGCAUACAGAUCUCGUUGAAGCAACUUGACGGAUGCGUUGCGUGAAUAGAAGUGCGAAACUCUUUGAACUAUUAAGAGAUACCGAUUAUUGUACCGCGUUAAGAUUUGGGGUUAGGGCGUUAUGUCGUGCGAUAGUUUAAGGAAGGGUUGCGCGAGGAGAUGGCGAGGACCGAUGGGCGCAGUCGAAUGGCGAGGUCAAUUUCGAAUCAACGUUGCGAUACGUCUAGCGAUAAGUUACGGAAAAUGUAUAUUCGGCUUUCGUUCGAGUGCGAGAUCGUAAAUGUUGUUAGAUAUCUCGGGGGGAAUUAUUUAUUCGCGCGCGUGUCGACGAAUCGAGGAAGGGACACGAAAGCCGACUAUCGGCGACGCCGGAUGGCUGAGGCUCGUGAUUAUUAAUCGGAAUUAGGCUAAUGAACUUUAAAUAGAGCAGUUAAUUGGGAAUCGUCGGUUUAACGCGGGCCGAUCCACAAUAUGUCGCGGUUACGCGAAUGAUAAUUUAACCAAGAAUUGGCAGGCGCAAAUUGCGUUCCAACUGGCGGAAAGCAAACGGCGCCGUUAAACGCGAGUCCGUAAUUUGUCAUUUGAUAUCUGCAUAACUUAACACCGACAAUUUUCAUCACCAUAUUCCCCGUCGAAUGAUCUAAUGACGUUCAUAAUCUGUCCCGGUAGGAACCGCGACCAUUAUAUCGCGGCAUUUUUUUUUUUCACCGCAGUCCUAGUUCCCUUUCUAUUUUUGGCAAGUCGACAUCUCGAAUUUCCCGGGCUCGCUGUGAAAUUCCCAUUCGGCAGUUUCUUUUGAUCCUCCACCUGGCAUGGGAUCAACUCCUGGAACUCCUGGCUCUGCCACAGGCAUCGACGUCCUCCAUGUCUGCGCGACUGGGGGAUUAAUUUAAAGUCAAGGCAGAGUGCAUGCUCGCAUUAUUCGUUUGCAUAUUAUGAGAUGUGUUACGAGGAUGCACGUGGAAGCUUGCCAAACCGCGGAUCGACCGCCUCGGAGCUUAAAAAAGAGCUUCUACCUUGCGACUCUCCGGACAAAAAAUUGCCCAGCUGGAGGCUCGUUCUUCUAAAUCGUCAUCCGGGACCUCGGGGUCUUUUAGGAGUAAAACGCCUCUUCCAACGGUUCUAAAAAUCGGGUCGGACUCGAUUAAAAAUAGGGAAAUGUACUCCGGAAAAUAGAGAUCAACUAUCCCUGAGUAGGUCGACCCCCAAUGUCGGUCCUUGAACAUAUCUUAAUUCGAUCAUCAAACCCUUAAGUCCUGUCAGAACAUCCAGGAUAUUUAAAUAAAUGAUAGAAUAGCACUUUAUGCCAAAACUGGGAUCGCUUUCCUUUUUCCCUCUUCAACGAGCCUCGAAAGACCUGUACUUCAUCAAUUUUCAGAACAAUUCAUUAGUCAAUUUUUAUUAAUUCGCUGCGCCUGAAAGGACCCUCUUGCUCUCGUGGCGUAAUUUCCGCAAAUCAAUUUAUCGACGGAGGAAAUAUCAAAGGAAGCAGGAUUUUAAUUAUACGCGUUGCGAGGCUGGAUUUUCAUUUUUCUUUCACGUCGGUGCAAUGAAUUAUGUGCAUAUUGUGAUCGUGGUCUUUGCAAACGAGUCAAUGCCGCGAUCGGCACGGAAUGGCGCGACUUUCGACAGGAAUAUCGUGAAAUCGAGGCUUCAGGGAUCGCCGGGGAAGAUGAUCCACCGUCUCUGUCAUUCAAUUUGCGUCCAUAACGAGGUAGCGUGGUCCGCGCGGAAACAGCGCGGGAAAUUCGAUUCCCUCGAUUGAUCAGUGGGGUAAAAAUGAAU